UCAAUAAGCCGUACUAUCUCGUGUUGUCGCUUUGAGAAUGUAGUGACCGCUAGCCGAAUAACUAUCAAUAAGCAUACGGAUUAUUAUGUUUUUUAAAGGCAUGUCAUUCUGGCCAUUUGAAAGUAAACACGGCGCCAAAAUGUUUACGCGGAGAUAGCUGUCGGAUGUCUGUUUUCCACCCCACCGUCGGGCUGCAUCUGUGGAGCUUAGCAGCCAGCCAAGAUGGAUACCGCAGAAGAAGCGGACAUUUGUCGAGUGUGUCGCUCGGAGGGCACCCAGGAAAAGCCUCUCUACCACCCUUGCGUUUGCACUGGCAGCAUUAAGUUUAUCCACCAGGAAUGCCUACUGCAGUGGCUGAAACACAGUCGGAAAGAAUACUGUGAGCUAUGCAAACACAGGUUUGCAUUUACACCAAUCUAUUCUCCAGACAUGCCGUCCCGUCUGCCUGUCCAAGACAUCUUUGCAGGGCUGGUCACCAGUAUCGGGACGGCCAUCAGAUACUGGUUCCACUACACUCUGGUGGCCUUUGCCUGGCUAGGUGUUGUGCCUCUCACUGCAUGUCGCGUCUACAAGGGUUUGUUUACCGGCUCCGUGAGCUCUCUUCUUACCCUGCCGUUAGAUAUGUUCUCCACGCAAAACCUGCUCGCCGACUGCCUCCAGGGCUGCUUCGUGGUCACCUGCACGCUGUGCGCCUUUAUCAGCCUGGUGUGGCUUAGAGAGCAGAUUGUCCACGGCGGAGCUCCACAGUGGCUGGAGCCCAAUCAACCCCCUCUGGUUCCAAACCAGCCCAACCGUCCCGCACAAGCUAACGAGAAUCCGGCUGAUGACGCCGCAGCAGCCGAUGUCCCGGCUGCCGCAGACGAGGCAGGGGGUCCCCGAGAGCACGGCCCCGACGAGCCGGAUCGGGCCAAUCAGCAGGAAGCCGGAGACGAAGGGGAACUGGACGUCAACGAUGGAGAGGACGAGGACGAUGACGGGGAAGAAGACGAAGAGGAAGACGAAGAAGAGGGGAGGGAGGAGGACGCCGCUGAUGCCAACAACGCACGGCAAGAUUUGAACUGGAACGCCCUGGAGUGGGACCGAGCAGCAGAGGAGCUGACCUGGGAAAGGAUGCUUGGACUAGAUGGUUCCCUUGUUUUCUUGGAACACGUCUUCUGGGUGGUGUCUCUCAACACACUCUUCAUCUUGGUGUUUGCUUUCUGCCCAUACCACAUUGGCCAUUUCUCAGUUGUCGGGCUGGGCUUUGAAGACUAUAUCAAAGCCUCACAUUUCGACGGCCUCGUCACCACAGUAGUGGGGUACAUCCUCCUGGCUGCUGGUCUCGUAGUCUGCCAUGCUUUGGCUUCCCUCUUCAAGUUCCAGUGGCCCAGACGCCUGCUGGGUGUCUGCUACAUUGUGGUCAAGGUUUCCCUUCUGGUUGUCAUGGAGAUCGGCUUGUUCCCUCUGAUUUGCGGCUGGUGGCUCGACAUUUGUUCACUGGAAAUGUUCGAUGCGACGCUGAAGGACAGAGAGCAGAGUUUCGACUCUGCUCCCGGUACAACAAUGUUCCUCCACUGGCUGGUCGGCAUGGUGUACGUCUUUUACUUCGCGUCUUUCAUCCUACUGCUAAGAGAGGUUCUUCGCCCGGGCGUGCUGUGGUUCCUGCGCAACGUGAACGACCCAGACUUCAACCCAGUGCAGGAGAUGAUUCACCUCCCAAUCUACGGACACCUCCCGAGAUUCACACUCUCAGUGGUUGUGUUCGGCUCAAUCGUCCUGCUGAUGCUGUGGCUUCCAAUCAGGAUCAUUAAGCUGCUCUCCCCAGCCUUCCUUCCAUACAACGUGAUGCUGUACAGUGAUGCGCCGGUCAGCGAGCUGUCGCUGGAGCUGCUGCUGCUUCAGGUCGUCCUGCCCGCCUUACUGGAGCAGGGUCACACCCGGCAGUGGCUCAAACGUCUCGUCCACGCCUGGACCUUCACGGCUGGAUAUGUGCUCGACCUUCACUCGUACCUCCUGGGCGACCACGAAGAUAGCGCCAACCAACCAAAUAACGCGCCCAAUCGACUGAACAACCACCGCAACCCGGGGAUCGAGGAGGGGCUUCACGCCGCCCACCAAGCCAUCCUGCAGCGGGUCGGUCCUCUGGUGUUCCAGCCCUACCAACGGCCCCCCCACUUCUUCCUCAAGAUCGUUUUGCUGGUGGUCUUCAUGUGUGUGACUCUUUUACUCACGAGUCUAAUCUGUCUUACACUCCCAGUGUGCGUGGGUCGCUGGCUCAUGUCUCUGUGGAUGGGCAGCACAGUGGUCCAUGAGCUGUACACGACAGCGAGCGGCCUGUACGUCUGCUGGGUGUCCGUCCGGGCCGCCACCGUGCUGCUGUCCUGGAUGCCGCAGGGCAGGACGGCCAUCAUGCUCAAAGUUCAAGAGUGGACGCUCAUGAUCUUUAAGACGGUGGUGGUAGCCGUGAUGUUAGCCGGGGUCAUCCCUCUGCUGCUGGGCCUGCUGUUUGACCUGGUCAUCGUUGCUCCUCUCAGAGUCCCAAUUGACCAGACGCCUCUCUUCUACCCCUGGCAGGACUGGGCCCUGGGAGUCCUUCAUGCAAAAAUCAUCGCUGCCGUAACACUGAUGGGCCCCCAGUGGCGGCUCAAAGCGGUUAUAGAGCAGGUGUACGCCAACGGCAUCAGAAACAUCGACCUUCACUUCAUCGUGCGGCGGUUGGCCGCCCCCAUCAUUUGCCUCCUGCUGCUGUUGCUCUGUGUUCCCUACACCAUCUCUAAAGGCCUCACGCCACUGCUGGGAGUGCAGCCAGAGAUGCAGAUACUAGUGGAGAGGAAGAUCUAUCCGUUUCUGCUGAUAGUGGUCAUGCUGCUGGCCUUUCUCUCCUUUCAGAUUCGCCAGUUCAAGCGACUUUACGAACACAUCAAAAACGACAAAUACCUGGUAGGACAGCGACUGGUGAACUAUGAGCGGAAGAAGGGCCGGAGUUCCUCCACCCCUCACACCACCUCCUCAUAAGUCUGACACUGGUGUGGGAUGACAUGGAGCGGCAGCUCCUCACCUCCGGUCUUAAAACACUGCUUAUAAAACCACUGACUGCAGCCUCACCCCUUUCUUCUCCAGAAUUCUCCCACAGCAGCAGUCGGUGGGAAGCAACGCCGACGACAGGCGAAGGCAAAAAAAAAAAAAAAAAAUCUGCCUCCGAAGUGUUUAUGUGAGGUUGAAAAUCAUAACAAAGUCUUGAAGCUUGUUUAGCGCUCAUUUUGAGUCAAACUUUGGGGGAUUACAAAAUCCACUCGCUGGUCCUUCCGUUGUAGUCGCCUGCUCAGGUGUUUUUUUGUUUUUGUUUUUAUUUCCUGGACGUUAGCUUCAAAGUUCAGGUCAGAUGAGCAUCGCUUUUACCUCAGAUUGAGCUUCCUUUGAACAUAUUGUAGAAUAAACGUGUGCGACAUGAUAUAUAUAUAUAUAUUUUUUAGAGCUGUGAAGGAGAUGUUUGGACUUUAGUUGGUGUACUUUGGUACUCAGAGAAUCUCUAAGGUCAGGAUGGAGUUACGGAGUUGGAAACUGAUUGGUCGAUACAAAGACAAUGCUCAGAGAGUGAGAGGACGGGAGUGGAGUUGUAACAAAAAAAUGUGAAGAACAUGUUUUUAUUUUUCUGAUGUCACUGAGUUUUAGCGGUAGGCUUCCUCAUCGAUUUUUAGACAUUUUCAAACUGAAUCCUUUAAGAUGUGGGCAAAAACAGAGAUCAAAGGCUGCUGUCUGACUUACGUCUUCUAGGCCGAGCCCAAAAGCAUUCGAUUACGUAGCAGUUUGAGACGCAGAGUCCUUUCUAGUACUCUGAAAAAAAGGUUGACCUCCUUAACAGAAUUUGACCUGAGUUUGCACGUCUUCCAAUGUUUAUUCUGUGACGACUGCUUUGGAAAAUGCUAAUACGAAACCAGCCUGGAAACCCUCAAAAGACAACAGUUUAAAAAAAAAAAAACAGUCUAAAGAAAACACUAAGAGGAGAUUAACCAGCAUCUAAAACAAAACGACGCACUGAGAACGUUUCAGAGGUCAAAAACAACUUUGUUCCACUCAGCUGCUGCUAGUUCUUCAUUUUUACGAGACGCUUAUUUGAAUGUAAAGUCAUUUGCCAGUUUUGCUAAUUUGAACAGGUGAGUAAAAUCCACACGUUGUCCGUGUAAAAUUAGAAAUCCGUGUCCGUCAUGUGACGAAAAACAACGCGAAAAGUUCAGUAAAACCGAGCUGCUCUGCUCGUCUUUCAGUAAACGGUGACUGGAGCCAGAGCUGCGCAACUGAACGACGUCGAGCGUGCAAAUUGCAGCUCCCAGUUUGACCAUGCAGUUCUUCGGGGAUCCAUAAAAUUUACAGAGCAAAGCUGGGAAGUGAUCAGUGAGCUCCGGAGUUUUCUUGAUGGACAGAAAGUUGUUAGAUGCAGACCCGAUGUUCCCUUUAGACGUGGUUCUUUGGUGGACGCUUUGUAAGGUCACACUUACGACGGGGGAUCCAUCUGGGAAUUCCCUGGGUCAGUUCUUUAACCUUGUGUUUUUUUUUUGUUUGUUGUUUUGUUUUUGUUUAAUCCAACUGGCAUAACUUAAGCCACACGUCUUCAUAACUGCAUCGGACGGCAACAAAGCAAGAAAUCAGAGACAGCUGCUCCACAGUUGGCAGCCUAUUGGUCAAACCUCAUGCAAAGGGCAGCUAAACACUUUUAUAUUCUUGUGUAUGCGCUUGGUCAUAUUUCACAGAUGACGGAAUCUUAAAAUAAUCCACGCGCAUCUGUGAACCGACGACUCAGCCGCGACAAAACACGGUCUUGAGAUAAUCACUGAUACCUGCAUGGCAGUUUUGUGGUUUUAUUUCAUUUUUUAUUUUUUUUUCAAGUGAAUAAUUUUGUUGAGAUUAUGCGGUUUUCCUUUCAAACGUGUGAAUAUUCGCUGAGCUUCUCACUUAUGUGACCAGGUUUUCUGGAUUUCUCUGCUAUCGCUUCUAGAGAAAAAAACUCAAGACAGCUGAGAUGCGUUAGAAGUGUUCAGUUGCUUUUCAUCUCCAAAGA